AUGAGGAUCGUUCGUGCGGCCAAGCGCCCCAGCGACUGGCUGCCGCUCGAUGACAAGCUCAAGCGUCUCGGCGACCGCGAGCGGCCCAAGACGGGCCUGCCGGCGCGCUCCAGCCGCGUGCCGAAGAAGGUCGACACGGACGACAUCUCGGCACGCAUCGAGAAGCUGACGACGCUGUCGCCGCCGGCGAAGAGCCCGCCGUCAACGCAGAUCAUCGAAGAGGUGGUGAUCGUGCGCGCGGGGUCGCAGAAGCCGGCCGGCGUGGCCGCGCUCAAGCAGGCACUGGAGAGCCAGAAGAAGCAGCGCAGCCCGGAGGACGCCGAGCCGCGGCCGAUUUUGAAGAAGCGCGCGAGCACCGACGACGAGCUGGAGGCGGAGCGGCCGCGGCCCAUCCUCAAGAACCGCUCGGUGGAGGACGUGGCCGGCGCGCCGGAGGACGACGCGCUGCGGCCGAUCCUCAAGCCGAGCCGCUCGCGCGAGGAGGAGCUCGACAGCAGCCCGGAGCCGCCGCCGUCGAUCCUCAAGCGCCGCUCGCUGGAGGAAGACGGCGAGCUCUGGCCGGCGCGGCCUGCCUCGGUCGCGACUCCGGCGCACGCGGCGGAGGAGAGCCUGCUGGCGGCGCUCAGUGCGUCGUCGUCGUCCACCGAGUCGGCGGCCGCCGAGGCUGUGAACCGCUCGCUGGUGCUUCCUCCGCCGCCGCCGUCCGCCGCACCGGCCGCGCCCGCCGCGCCCGCCGCGCCCAUGACGCUGGAGCAGAAGAAGAACCUGUUCCUGGAGUUCGAGAUGCGCAGCCGGCAGCGUUCGGCGCAGGCGCGGCCGGCGCGGUACCAGCGCGGCGGCCGACAGCGGGCAGAGCGCGCCGCCACCCAGCCCAUCACGCCCGGAGAGCCGCCGGCGGUGCCGGCGCCGCGCCGCCGCAGCCUGGAGGACGGUAUUCUAAAGCCCGAGUCCGGCUCCGGCGGCGUCACCUUCUCGGAGCCGACAGCCACCAGCGGCGCCAUCAAGAAGCCGCCGAAGCGGUCCUCCCGCCCCUCCAGCCCGGAGGAGGCCGCCCGCGGCAUCCUCAAACCGUCCUCGCGUCCCACGAGUCCGGAGGACAGGACCCGCGGCAUCCUCAAGCCGCCGUCCCGGCAGUCGAGCCCCGAGGACAAGAGCAGGGGCAUCCUCAAGCCGCCUUCGAGGCCCACCAGCCCCGAGGAUAAGACCCGAGGAAUUCUGAGGCCUCCGUCACGGCCCACUAGUCCCGAGGAGAGGGGCAGGGGCAUCCUGAAGCCGCCCUCGCGGCCGAGCAGUCCCGACGAAAAGCCAGGAGCGUCCUGAAACCUCCGUCGCGGCCCACCAGUCCGGAAGACAGGGCCAGGAGCAUCCUGAAGCCGCCGUCCCGUCCCACAAGCCCCGAGGACAAGGGCAGGGGUAUUCUGAAGCCUCCAUCGCGUCCCACAAGUCCCGAGGACAAGGGCCGCGGCAUCCUAAAGCCGCCGUCCCGUCCCACCAGCCCUGAGGACAAGGGGCGGGGCAUUCUUAAGCCCCCAUCGCGUCCCACUAGCCCUGAGGACCGGGCCAGGGGCAUCCUGAAGCCCCCGUCGCGCCCCACCAGCCCCGAGGGCCGGGCGCGGGGUAUCUUGCGGCCGUCGUCGCGGCCCGGC